AUGACUGGUAGAAAAUGGUGAGUUCUAUUUUCGAAACUACGCGCGGAACGACUUUGAUUUUAACAGUAUCUGGAGCUCAAAACGUCGCAAACAAGUGCUCUGCAUGAAUUUUGAAGCGCUACAAAACGACAACGACAUUCUGAAAAAAGAAAGGGACACGUACAGAAAAUAUGUCGAAAGUUCAAAGGUGGUAAGAUGAUUUUGAAUUGAGAAAUGUGCAAGAGUGUUUUUCAGCGAAAUCCUACGUUCGGAUGGAUCCUGGCGUGCGGACUUUUGCUCGCCAGCACCGUAAUCCUCAUCAUCGAGAAGUGCCAGAGAAACGGAUACUAA